AUGACAAAAGAAAAAAAGUCAAAGUCAGCAAAGGCCAAAAAAAGUCACAAGAACAAGCAUAAGCUUUCGUACAAGGAACCUUUCAUUGAUGAGGUUCCUACACGGAUUAGGCUUUCGUUCAAAAAGAACGCCGAUACAGGCAAAAGUAAGUCAAAAUCGAAGCGUUCAGAAGUUUCUGAAGAUGCUCCUAGAGGAAAUGAAUUUGACGUAGAGAUGCGGGAUGCAGUGGUGGACAAUUAUGAUUACGAAGAAGAAGAUGUAAUGGAUAUUAGUGAUUCCACUCUGAAUAUUGACGCCGGGGAAACCGGCAAUACGAAAAUAGACACAUCCAAAUCUUCAACGACGGCUAACUCAAACAAGAUGGGAACAAACUGA